CGCGCCGCGCUGCCCCUCCGCCAUAGAGUUCGGCCAGUGGGAGAUAGAGACGUGGUACUCCAGUCCCUUCCCACAGGAAUAUGCGAGAUUACCAAAACUAUUUCUGUGCGAAUUCUGCCUGAAGUACGCAAAGAGUCGCGCUGUGCUGAUGCGGCACCUCGACAAGUGCCUGUGGCGGCAUCCGCCCGCCACGGAGAUCUACCGCUGCGGGGACAUCUCCGUCUUUGAGGUGGACGGCAAUGCCAACAAGAUCUACUGUCAGAACCUUUGCCUGCUCGCCAAACUGUUUCUGGACCACAAGACGCUCUACUACGACGUGGAACCUUUUCUCUUCUACGUCCUGACUAAGAACGACAGCAAAGGUUGCCAUUUGGUUGGCUAUUUUUCAAAAGAGAAGCAUUGUCAGCAGAAAUACAACGUGUCCUGUAUAAUGACGAUGCCGCAGUACCAGCGGCAAGGCUACGGGAGAUUCCUCAUCCAUUUUAGUUAUUUACUAUCGAAAGAAGAAGGGCAGCCUGGCACACCUGAAAAACCUUUGUCGGAUUUGGGAAGAGUCUCCUACCAUGCUUAUUGGAAGUCUGUAAUACUCGAAUAUUUGUAUGAUCACAAAGAUAAGUCGUUCACUUUUGAGGAUAUUGCAUUGACGACAGGGAUGCACCUGAACGACAUAGGAGUUACUUUCCAGUUGCUCGGCUUUGUCAGAUACGUGCCCGAUAAUGACUCGAUGAAAUUAGGUAUCUGUGUCGACUGGAGUAGAGUUGAAAAUCACACAAUGAAAGUUAGGAGCAGACCGAGACUUGAAAUCGAUCCUGAAUGCCUAAGAUGGACUCCUCUAUUGGCACCGACGGUGAAUCCAUUCAGAUCUCCAGAGGAAGGGUCGGGUGAUCAAGAAACGGAGAACGACGAAACUGAAAUGAAAACGGAAAGCGAAGAAACUGCAACAGAAUCCGAAGCUACUACGAGUAAAUCUGGAGUGAAGACCAAAUCUGAAAAAGAAUUGGAACCGGUCGAAGUGACAUCGUCUGGUAGGAGACGGACACGGCCGCUUAAAUAUAGUGAAACAACUUAUCAAACCACUCCCACUGUUAAUGAUGGUGCUCGGAAAAGAAAACGAGAUAUUAUUAGGAAAAUCUCUGAAAGUAAUAACGAAGAUGACAAAAGUAAGGAUGAGGAUACAUCAAGAUUUCAAAGAAGUAACAGCGUUGCUCGUAGAUCUUCAAGAGCCGCGCAGAUCAGACUUAACAACACUGGCAGUAUACAAAGAAGCAGGCGGCGGAGCGUCAAAGAACUUUCUUAUGUAUCUGACAGCCAGGAGAGUCAAGAAAGUAUGGAAAAUGAAAUUAAUGAUAUUCCAGUUGUUAACACAACAAAGGCUAAAACGAAAAGAAAAAUUGCGUGGAGAGGCCGACAAAACAAGCGACAAAAAGUUAACACAACUAAUACUCCUAGAAGUAUCUCACCCGAGGCAAAGAAACUUAAAGUUGCUGAAAAUAGCGACGAAGUUGUCGACUCUAAAACAGAAGAAUCUCCAAAACGAGCAAACAAUAUUUUGUCUGAAGCAAUUGAAAAACAAGAUCAAGCUGAUAAAGAUCGAGCGGAAGACAAACCAGAUGAUAAAGCCAAGAACUCUGAUGCUAGCUCAGAAGAUUCAUCGGGAGAGGCCGAUGAUGAGAUGGACGUGGAAGAAGGCGAGGACAGACAGAGUGUGGCCAGCAAGCCUGCCACGCCGCGACACUUGGAAGAGAACAGCACAGACCACCACACCAGUGACAUGGAACUUGACAGCAUUCAUAUGGACUCUCCUAAAUCCAUUGCAGAGAAAGAUCAAGUUAUAAAUGAAACUUCUACUUUAGAGAAAAUUAACGAUGAAGACAAUACUAAAGCUGAGGAUGUCCCUGAAGUUCGGAAUGUUAAUACAGAGGAUAGAGUAACCACAGAAGUGACCAGUGAAAAGGAUGACGCAAGGAAAUCCGUAGAAAACAGAAACGGUGAAAUAGUUGAGCCGGCGAAACCAACGCUCGAUGACAAGGAUACGAUAGUCAUUUCGGAAUCUGAUGACAACAACAGCCAGAGUUGUCCGUUGCCUUCACCGAAGCCCAACAAUUUGUUACCUCCACCUCAUACAAGUGAGAUUCAACCUCCAGUUGUUGAAAAAAGCGCGAGUCCAAUUAAAGUUUUACCAGUUGUUUCCACAGAAAACUCUCAUAUCGUUAUAGAUGCUAAAAUCCCUAACGAAGUACCUAACAAUAGACCACCUGUUGAUCUAAUUGUUCCUAAAAUCCAUCACAUUGAAACAAUAAUUGUCGAAGGAGAAUCAGACAAUUCUAUCUCGCCAUCGACGAACGUUUCACCGAAGAAAAAUGAUUCUAUUAUCAAUGAGAGCAAACAGAAGAAACCAGAGGAAGAGAAGAAAGAAACAGUUUCCGAUCAGAAGAAAUGCGAUGUCCGAAAAGAGACAGUUAUUCAACAUCAAGUUAUUGAGGAACUUAAACCACCAGAGAAAAAGUCACCUAAUAAAAUAGAAGCGAUUGUACAAAAUCUGGAUCUUAACAAAGAUAUAAUGAAGAAACCGGAUCCACCAAAAAUGGAUCCAAUAACAGAGCUCGAAGUGAGAAACAAGCCACAGCUUCCAAUGAUCAGUAAGGAGAGUGAUUUACCUUUUAGAAGUGAUACAACCACCACUAUGAGGAAAGAUGAAAUUGUUAUAUCUAGAAAUGUCGUGGAGAGCAGUAUGCAGACUUACCAUAAUGCUGUUAGUAACUCGAUGACGAUUCAACCUAUAAACUCGUAUUUAAACAAUAGACCCACUGUCACCAAGGAAUCACAAGGGGUACAAACAGAUAAGGUCACGCAUAAGAUACUCGAACAGAACCGUAUUAUAAGUAGUAUAUCUGAUACACCGAUCGUAAGCAAAUGUACGACAAAACUGGAGGUGCCUCAUCCUAUUACUUCACCGGUAAUAAAUCCAGUCAUACCGAAAAUACCGAAUGUGACCGACAUAAACUUUCUACCUCGUUGUCAGAGCGCUAACGCCGCGGUAAACCUAGGCCUAGACAGACCCGACCUGGACACGAGUUAUGCUAACAGCAAUCAUUUGCAUAACCCGAUGGCUGCCACCAUGAAUAUUAUACAUGCUAAUCCUCACGAUGUUAAAAACGAUCACAAUCAGAAGCCGCGGGAGAAAAGCAAGUUACGUGAUGUCAGGGUCAACUCUGCGCACAGCAAACUUGAAAAAACCGAUAAGAAAACUUCUAAAAACGAGACCCCUAGAAGUACGCCCGAGCUAAAAAUGUUUUUUCCAGAGCAGAGUGUCAACUCUCGAAAACCGGAGACGUCAGUCCCUAUAAACGUUAUUAACAGCGUGGCUGUCACUAGCAAAGCUGAUGCCAAGCCCGCCAACGAGACGCCGAAGAAACAAGAUUUUUUCAAGAAAGAGAAAUCGAAUGCCGCUAAAUGCGAUUCGAAGAAUAGUUCCACUAAACACGACAAAGGUUGUCCGGUCCAACUCAAUCUAAAACCGGAUCAAAACGACUUGAAUAAAAUGCUACCAAAAUUUAAAUAUGACAAUGAGUUAGUUCCGAAAGCUGAUUACACAAUGAAUCAAAUCCCUAACUACCAUACCACUCACGCCCAGUACCAGUGGUCGGCCUGGGACCCGCGGCUGCAAGGCACUUGGGACCCCAACCGGUUUCUGGACAUGAAGGGCAACGACAAGAACUAUCUGGACAAGUUUCAGGGUUUCAAUCUUCCGCAUUUAGAUCAGAUGCAAAAGUCUCCUCAAAAACUUCCAAAAUAUGAUCAGAAAGAUUUCCAUAAUCUCGCAUACGGAGCGCUGUCGAGUGGGAUCUAUGGGGCCACCCCAUUGCCGCAUUUCAAGGAGACUAAGAUACCCACAUCGAAAGCGGAGUGCGCUCAGAAAUCUGAGUGCAAGCCGAGCAAGCAGUCGAAGGCGACGGCGGCGUGCCAGACGCAGUGCGACUCGAAGAAGUCUCAGGCGCAGGCACAGAGCGCGGCGGAGGCCCAGCUGAAGCAGAUGAUGCAGCGGCAGGUUAACAAGCAGCAGGAGGUGGCCACGAGCUGCGCGGAAUUCAGACAGCAGAGUUCGCAGGUGCUCACCUCGCCCGGCUGCAAGACGCCCUUCAACCAGAACGGGCCGUGCGCUCAGGAGAAGACGGAGAUCGAGAAGAAGUCUCGACAUCAAUCGAAGAAGGAGGAGUCGUCCAAAGAGAGCAAGGAAGAGAUGUGCGAGGCGGUGAGCCCGGCACUGCAGUCGAUGGGCGUGUACACGCCGGACUCGACGAGUAACUCUGUACAUUCGGUGCAGUACCCCGCGUGCGAGCUGGACGUGAGCCAGCUGGGGCUGGAGUCGCCCACCAGCAUCGGCUCCGACCUCGCCUCGCCCUGCUCCAUGAUGCACAUGCACCCCGCGCCCAGCCCGCAGUACCCGCACUCCUCUAUACACAUACCCUCCAUCAUGGCGCAGACCAACCAGCCCGCCAAGCAGCAGAAGAUCAACAAUCGGAAUAGGAGCGGUGCGCAGAGCGCGGCGGGCGGUGCGGGCGGCGCGGGCGGCGCGGGCGCGGACAGCAAGGCGCUGCGCGGCGCCGCCACGCCGCCCGCGAGGCACCGCGCCACGCCGCCGCACCAGCCGCACGUAGUGUCGGGCACUAACGUGUCGUCGCUAUAUGCAGGCGGGGUGGGGGUGGGCGUAGGGGGCGGGGCGAUGCAGGGCGGGGGCGGCGCGGGCGGCGGCUACCAGGGCGGCUACCUGUCGUUCCAGCAGCAGCAGCAGUACCACGGCGGGUGGGCGCCCUCCUGCUCCCUCACCAAGCUGCAGCAGAUGACGGAGGCGCCGCAGCACCACCCGCCGCACACGCCGCCCGCGCCCAACGCUCCCCAGUACGGGCAGCAGUCGGGCACGCCGCCGGGCGGGCACUACCACGCCGCCAAGUACUACACGCCCGCACAUAAUCCGCUCGAGUCGCCCAGGAACGCGAGGAACGCGCCCAGCAACCUGAGUCCGAUGCAGCACAUGCAGAUGGCGGGCACGUCUCGUAUGUCGCCCAACAUCAACACGCACAUCAUCAGCCAGUACGGGCUGAACGGGUACCGGUGCCGCCGCAGCAGCAGUUCAACAACCUGCAGAUGAUGAACGUGCAGCCCGCGGUGGGCGUGCAGUACGCCGCCGCGGAGCCCCGCGCGCAGCAGCCCAACGUGUACGCGUACGCGGGGUACAUCAACCCCC